AUGGCAAUCGCUUGGGGGCAGCGAGCACUGACAGCGCUCGUGGGAAUACCGCUGGCGCUGUGUCUGCUCGUAUCCGACGUGGGUGUGCUGCUUCUGGCUACAUCGCUCUGCUGCUUGUCGCUCGUCGAGUUCACCGGCAACAUCUGUCCGCCUAUUGUGCCGCAAGCAAAGACAGAGACGAAUAAGCACUUGCACCGCCUGCUUAUCGUUGCGUCGGGCGCCGUACUGUGUGCAGGCGCAUGGACAGGCGUUCGCAUCGUCUAUGACACUUUGCGUCUCGGUACGCUACUGACGAUGUUCACUUUCCACGUUGCGACUGCAAGAAGAGUGGACCAGACAGCGCUAGUCAAGUUGCUGCUGGACCUCUUUGCGCUGCUGUACAUCGUGGACGGCUUUGGCCACGCCAUAUUGCUGCGCUAUAGCUCCAGCAAGUACGGACUGGGACUGCUAUUGCUUGGCCUGUGCUGCGCCUGGGUAUGCGACAGUGCCGCCCUUGUAGCGGGGACCUUAUUGGGCAAUACCAAGCUGGUACCGGUUGUCAGUCCUGGCAAGACGUAUGUAGGCACCAUUGCUGGAAUCGCCUCGAGUGUUGCUACAGUGCUAAGUAUGUUUGCUUUGUCGGACUUCGCGACCGCGUUGUCGGUCGUGAGAGAAGAUUGGCCACCGAGCCUGCUACCCCCUCCACAGACGGUGCCUUUUUCACACCAAGUUUUACUGGGUGUGGUGCUUGGCGCGUUGUGCAUCCUGGGAGAUCUCGUGGAGUCAUUUGUCAAACGCGUCGCCGGAGUCAAAGACUCGGGGGCCUUUUUUCCAGGUCACGGUGGCUGUCUCGACCGCAUGGACAGCUUCUUGUUCGUUGCGCCGUGUCUACACUACUACUGUCAGUUUGCACUCACAUAA